AUGAAGGUGUGCUUCUUCUUCGCCAUAACUCUACUCAUCUGCCAAUACUUCAUCAGUCAAAUUACAGUUGAUGCACGUCCAGCAAUCGUAAAGAAAUUCUCUUGGUCUUUUCCAAUUCAUGAUGAACAGCAAGAUGAAACGUACCAGGAACUAGUCAAACGAAAAGGUCCUGGCUGGGGAAAACGUAGUGAUGUGAUACUAGAAGACCAUCCUAAUGCUGCACAUGAAAAUUCUGCUCGUUUAUGGUUCGAAGAUAAAUGA